CCGUUCCCUCCCCCUCCCGGCCGGGCCCGCAGGGAGAGUGACACUCAUCAGGCGGCUCCGUCCAGGCGGCGCAAGCAGCUCACAACCGCCAUCCCUCUCGAGAAGCCGUUUGUGGAGAUUAAGAACACACAAAAGGAACAUCUGCUUUUAAGGUUACAGAGGUGCUAAAGCAUGGCUGACUUUGAUCACAAUCUCAGUCUUGCGGAUGCUCUGACAGAACCACCAGCAGAAAUUGAGGAAGAAGUGAAACGAGACUUCAUUGCCACCCUGGAAGCAGAGAAAUUUGAUGAUGUGGUUGGAGAAACAGUGGGUAAAACAGACUAUAUCCCCCUACUGGAUGAUGAUGAUGAUGCAAAGGCUGGGAGCCAGGAACCAAAAAGCAAACCUCACACAGACGGUGGUCAGGUAGAAAGUAUUUCAGCUGUUGGACCAGCAGUGUUAGAGAAUGGUGACCAUGGAAUAGAAGAUGACAGUACAGUAUUCCCAAGAGAGAUCACGGGUGAAAAAAUGUCCUACAAAGAGUUUCUGGAUCGCAACGAGACCUGGGCGAUGGAUGAGAGAGACCUUUGCUUUGAACCACAGUCUAUAUUCAGACCCAUGGAGGGGACAGAGCCCUUCAAGAUGCACAGAGAGGAUGUCAUGUCUGAUCUGCUACGUCCUUCUGAAAUGGAGACUCGCCUACCAUUCACAGAGCAUUUUGAAGCUUCAGAAGAAGUUCAUGCACCCCAUGCAGCUAUGAUUGUACCUGAACUGCCUUCUCUGGGAUCCCCAUAUUCUCCUGCAGAACUUAUCGAUCCAUCUGCCUUCAUCACCCUGGAUUCAACUACAGAGUCUCUGCUGAAUAUAGCAGCACCUGCAAGAGUGACAGUGCCUGAAGAACAUUGGCUGGGAGCUCAGCAUGCUGUGGAGGGACUAGAUGAAUCUUCUUUUGUAGAGCCACCAGAACCCCCCAGGAUAGCUGCUGCAGCAGAACAAUAUUUCCCAGGAAGUCCAGUGGCUGCUGCACCUGCUGCUGUUCCUCCUGCACUAACAGAGCCUACAGGGGAGACCAAAGCUACUGACACACCACAGGCUGAACCAACAGUGUCUGUUCCAGUGAUGGGAGACGUGUCUGUUCCUGUAGUGGAAGAGCUGAUGGUGUUUGAACCUUCUGUUGAGCAACACAAGUCAGCUCUUAAUGAACCUCCAACAGUAUCAUCUGCCCCAACUGUGGUAAUGGAACAAAAAAUGACGGUCCCAGAAGCCUCUACUCCUGGUGCAGAUAGAAUUCCUGUGCUAGAGAAUGUGGAAGAGAAUAAACCAUCUCCCAGCAAACAUACAGAGCAUCUUCUGAAGCCAAAUGAAGAACUCCCAGAGCUGGCAGUGGAAGCAAAAGAACCAUUGACAUUAAUAGAAACUAAAGAAACCCUUCCAGAAAAAACAGCUCCAGCUGCUGACCUGGCCAUAGUAGAGAAGCUGAAGGAAGAGGCUGAGCUUAGUCAAGCCCACCAUACAGAACCUCCACAAAAGAAAUCUCCACUGGAACCUACAGGUGUACCUACUGCACAAGUAAGGCAAGCUAACAAAUCAAGUGACCGCAGGUUUGGCAGAGCAAAACCUGCAGCAGUGCCUGGUGCAGAUGUCCCCGAGGAACUUCUAGUAGGUCUCCCACAACAGAAGAGUACUGACCCAAAAGCAGACCCCUUUUCUAUGGCAGAACUUGGAUGGGUCUCUGGAACAUUCUCUCGGACUAGGGCACCACAUAAAAAGGCAGCCGGGCAGCUACUCAGCAUGCCGUCUGAAUUUGUGGAGAGCCAGAGAGAUGUACCUAGAGAGAGCUGGGAUUCAGAAGGUUCUCCAGUGAUUGUGAAGAAGAAGAAGAAGAAACAGAAACAAAAGAGAAACCAGCAGCCAAGAACAAUGGAGUUAGGGGAUGAAAAUGUAGAAGUUUCUAAAGUUCCCAAAGUUCCUCUCUUUGCUGCUGAACUGCAAAAGCCAGACGUCCCCUUUGUCCUGCCUGCUGAAGGUGUCAAAGAGCACUCUACUCUCUCAAGAGAGGGCCAGAGGAAGGGAACUUCAAAUGUACCAAGGGAUGCUAAGGCAGGAACUGAAAGCCACCUCUUAGACGAUCAAAAUAUUAUCUCAAGUCCCACAGCAGGCCAGCAGAGCCUGAAAACUGAAGGACCAUUUAAAUUUUUGUUGGAUGCAAAAGCUGGAAAAGUCAUGAAACAGGAAGAAAUGAAAGAUGACAGUUUGUUGCAGUCUAAAAGCAAAAACAAACAGGUACCCUUGGAGAAGCUAGAAUGCAAGGCAGAACACACUAAGAUGGGGGAUCCUGCAUCAGCACGGACACAAACCAAGCCUACUGAAAUAAGUUUUGUUGAUAAAAACAAAAAGAGUGAGUGUAAACAUUCAGAUCUUAAUGCAUCUCUUUCAAAAGGCAUCAACCUAAAUAAAGUGGAAACUCCUUUGGCGGCCAAACCUGUAGAAAUUAGCCUUAUUGAUGAAAAUAAGGAGAUUAAGUGCAUAUCUCCCAAGCAUGUAGCAGCACAUGAGACAGUUCCAAGUGAAGUUCAGACUCCCAGUGGGGCAUUGAUGGGAGAGAAACCAAAGAAAAGAGGUAGUGAUGAAAAAAGCAGAAAGACUGAAAAUGGUUUCUCUAAGCAGCCUGCUGUUUUAGAGAUUAAGACAGAUACAACCAAUCUUCCUGCUGCAGCAAAGAGAGUCGACAAAACUAAAGAAACAGAUUCCUUUGAUAAAAGCCAAGAGACUGGCUCUAUUACUGCAGAGCUUCCAUUGGAAACUGCAACAGAUAUUACUAAAGUACCCCUUAUACCAUUGGUGUCAGACAAACCUAAAGAGGGCAUUGCUGGGAAAAACAAAAAGGCUGACUUCAGUUUUUCAGAGCAGCCAUUUAUUUUGGAGACUGAGACGGAUACAGCCAAACUUCUUGCUCCUGCUGAGACAGUCGACAUAGAUAACAUAGAUUUCACUGAUAAAAGCAAGCAGACUGGAUUCGAUCAUCCAACUGUGACAGAUCCCAACAUGGCACUGGUUACAGAUAAACCUAAAAAGAGGGGUAGUGAUGGGAAGAACAAAAAGGUUAAAAAUUCCUCUGAGCAGCCAGUUCUUCUGGAGGCUGAGAGAGACCCAGACAAACUUCCUGCUGUAGCUAAGACAGCUGGCAAAACUAAAGAAAUAAUCUUUACUGAUAAAGACAAAGAGCCUGGCUUUGCUAUUGCAGAGCAUCCAUUGGAGGAUAUGACAGGUCCCAGUACUGCAAAGGUGGCAGAGAAGCCUAAGAAAAGGACUAGUGAUGGAAAAAACAAAAAGGCUGAAAAAGGUUAUUUCCAGCAGCCAUUUUUUCUGGAGGCUAAGGAAGACACAAGCAGUCUUCCUGCUGUAAUGGAGAAGGAUGACAAAACUAAAAAAAUAAGUUUCACUGAUAAAGGUAAAGAGACUGAUUUUACUACUGUAGAUCCUCUGUUGGAGGGUGCAACAGCUACAACGGAGGUACAAGGUCCCACUACAACACUGGUAACAGAAGAACCUAAAAAUGGUAUUACUGGGAAAAGUGAAAAGGCUGAAUUCAGUAUUUCAGAACAGCCACUUCUUUUGGAGACUAAGCCAGAUGUGGCCAAACUUCCUGCUAGUGCUGAGACAGUUAGCAAAACAAAGGAAGAUAGUUUGAUGGAUAAAAGCAAAGAGACUGGGUUUACUACAGAUUCCAGUAGAGCCCUGAUGACUGACAAACCUAAAGAGAAGGGCAGUGAUAGGAAAGGCAAAAAAGUUGAAAAAAGUUAUUUUGAGCAGCCUUUUCUUCUGGAGACUAAGACAGACACAAGCAAGCUUCCUACUGUAGUGGAAAAGGCUGAAAAAAUGAAAGAAAUGGGUUUUGCUGAUAUAGGCAAGGAGCCUAUCUUUACUACAACAGGGCAUCAACUGGAGAAUUUGACAGAUACAACCAAGGUACAAGUUCCCACUAUGAAACUGAUAACAGAAAAACCUAAAAUAAAGGAAAGUAAUGAAAAAAGUUUCUUUGAACAACUUGUUCCCUCAGAUUAUAAAAUGGACACAGCAAAGUCCGAAACACGCAUCAAAACUAAAGAAAUUCAUUCCUCUGAUAAAGGCAAGGAGACUGAUUUUACUACUUUAGAGCACCUCUUGGAGGAUAUAAGCGAUGCAGCUAAGGCACACAUUCCCAUUACAGAACUGGUGGCAGACAAACCUAAGAAGAGGUUUAGUGAUGGGAAAAGCAAAAAGAUUGAAAAUAGUGCUGAGCACCUUGCUGUCUUGGAGGCAAAGACAGACUCCGUUAAACUUCCUGCAGUAGUCGAGGAGGCCAAUAAAAUUAAAGAAACUCACUCCACUGAUAAAGGCAAGGAGACUCCAUUUACUACUUCAGAGCAUCUGUUGGAGGAUAUAAUAGAUACAGCUAAAAUACAAACUCCCAUUACACCACUGGUGACAGGAAAACCAGAAGAGAAUAAUAAGGGGAACAGCACAAAGGCUGAUGUUGGUUUGGAGAAGCCAUUUCUUUUGGAGACUAAAGUAGAUGCAGCCACACUUCCUGGUGGUGCUGAUGAGAUAGUCAACAAAACUGAAGCUGUAAGUUCCACUGAUAAAAACAAGAUGGCUGGAUUUACUAUUUUAGAACAUCAAACGAUGAUAGAUUCCAGUCCAGCACUGGUGACCAGUAAGUCUAAAAAGAGGGGUAAUGAUGGAAAAAACAGAAAGGCUAAAAAUGCCUCUGAGCAGCCAGUUGUUUUGGAGAUUAAGACCGACAAAAGCCAAAUACCGCCUCCCAGAGUAGCUGAUCUGGAGUACCAAAUGGAAGAAAUGGGUCUUGUAGAUGAAAACCAAAAUAUUAAAAAUUUCCCCUCUGAGCAUCAAAUGCUUUGGGAUAAUAAGGGUCACUUGUUCACACCCUACGCUCAGUCUAGAGCAGUUGGUGUUGACAGAGUUGGCAAAGCUUGUUCUGUAGACAAAAAUCAAGGGCUUGCGAGUAUCUUUCCAGAGUAUCCAGUAAAGGAUGAAGGAAGUAAGGUGUCACUGCCUCCUGCAGUGGUUUUGGAGGGCACCAACAAAGAGUCAAGCACAGGUGACAAAAGGGAGAAAAAUAAACACAGCCGUUAUGAGCAUUCAGUCAAACUGGAAGGUGAAGAGGCUGGCGUACAGGCUUUCACUUCAGUGAAGGAGGGUGAUAAAAUCAAAGUGACUAGUGCUGGGGAUAAGAAGAAGAAAGGUAAACGGCCUUCCUUGGAUUCUCCAGUUAAACAGGUUGCCAAGGCAGGAAGGGAUGAAGUGCACACUUCCAUUUUAGCAGAGAUUGAUGACAAAGAAAUAAGUUUCACUGGUGAAAAGCAAAGCACUGAAUGUGCUUCCUUGGAGCAUCUGGUGAAGGAGACAGAUGCCAUAAAGGGAACAAUUCCCACAGAUGCCAAAGUGACGGACAAAAUGGAAGGAAGUAGCUAUGCUGGUGAGAAGGAUGUUGGAUGCAUCUCUCCGGAACUUACAGUGCAAUGGGAGAAUAAAGCAGAAGCAGUUGUUCUGCAGGUUCUAGCUACAGCGGAGGUGGCUAAAGAGGCUGAGCUGGGUGAACAAAGCUUCUCUGAGUGCCCGGUUAGUUUAGAAAAAAAGACAGAUGCAGCCGAGGUUGCUAGUGUGACUCUGAGAGAUGCCCAAACAGAGGAAAUCAGUCCUACUGAUAAAAUUAAAGGCCAUUCUGAACACUCAGAAGGUGAUGCUGCUGACAAGAUGGAGGCUGGCCUGAAGGACUUCCAAGCUUUGAAGUCUGAAGAGGAUAAAUAUGCAGACUUACCUCAGAAACAGAUAGAUGGUUCUGGACAAAAAGUGGUGAAAGAGAUAAAGAAAGAGGAGAGAGUCAAAGCUACGGAACAGAUAAAAGGCUACAUGAGACCCACAAAGUCAAGAGGGCUUCCUACUCCACCACCAAGGCCUGCUGUCCAAGAUCGAGAGAAACCAAGGCAGCUGAAAGCCAAUGGUAUGAGUCGGCAAAGGCAAGAAAAAGAGUUCCACAUUGUCAGCAUGAAUGAUACAGCUGCUAAAUUUAAUAAACAUGGAGCCCAAGUCAGCCUUAACAUUCUGGUCAGGUUUUUGAGAGGUUUUGUAAUUUUAAUGAGUGUUGCAUAA